AUGGUGGACAUGAUGACGGACUCCCUGGAAUUUUGGGUCCGCAUCCCAAAAAAAAAUUUGGAUCCCUUUCUAAAGGCCUGGAAAGUCAGUCAGAACUCAGCGGGAUCUUCCUCUGAUGAACUUGUCAGUAGACAUGCCAGCUCUUUGCAAGUAUCUGAGGAAAUCCACGUCCACCCUGAGCCUGGGGCCCGCUGCAUCCUCGAGAUGCCUCCAGAUGGAUGGGGCGUACUAGCCCUUUCCUUGCCGGACGACAUCCGUCUGCCCGUUUGUCUCAGACUCUCUAAUGUCUCUAUGGACAUGGACUGCUAUGUUGGAGCCAAGUCCUCCAGAUUUCGCCUGCGUACCAAAGGUGUUAUCGGUGCAAAUAAAUCCGAGCGAGUUCCCCACACUAAUGAGUGGGUGUGGAACUCUUUGACCAAUAACUACGGAAACGUGAUGCCCGUGGACUGGAAGACGUCCUACACUCGGUCCCUGCACCUGCCUGCCCUCAAGCUCAAAGAUCAAGAGGGACAGAAGACGGAUAACCAGUCUCUGGAUCUGUCCGACGAUGAGGAUGAGGAGCUGCGGGAACAGCUGGAUAUGCACUCAAUCAUUGUCUCCUGCAUUAAUGAGGAGCCUCUCUUCACCGCUGAACAGGUGAUAGAGGAGAUCGAAGAGAUGAUGCAGGAAUCUCCCGACCCGGACGACGACGAGAGUCCUUCCCAGUCCGACUUGUCGAUGCUCUCUCAGGACCUCGGCGCUUUGAAACGAUCCGGCUCCAACACCAGCUUUGAGGAACGGCUUCGUCAGCUGUCUGUGUCGGAGCUCAGCCGGACCCUGGAGGAAGUGGAGGCGGCCAUCCGCCGCUACAGCGAGGAGCUGAUCCAAGCUCUGGCACUGCGAGACGAGCUAGACUUUGAGAAGGAGGUCAAGAACAGCUUUAUUUCGCUGCUGAUCGACGUGCAGAACAAGCAGAAGGAGCACCGCGAACUGCAGCGCAAGAAGAAGAAAAUCCGUAGUACAACCACGACGGGGCCCAAUGGUCAGAGGACAAACAGCACACACAUACCAGGCACGCUCCUCACUCUGGAGGGACUCUCCAAUGUCAUUCAAAAUGGUCUCCGUCAAACAUUUGGCCACUCAGGAGGGGAUAAACAGUAUCUGACCACGGUGAUCCCCUAUGAAAAGAAAGCAGGCUCUCCUUCUGUAGAAGACCUCCAGAUCCUCACAAAGAUCCUUCAUGCCAUGAGGGAUGACAGCGAGAAGGUGCCAGCCCUCCUAACAGAUUACAUACUGAAAGUUCUUUGUCCCACGUAAAGUCUGACGGGAAGCUUUUGCCUCUUCAGCGUCGAGCGGCCGAGGAGGUGUCUCAGUUUUGGAAAAACGCAGGAACUGGUUUAAAUCCAAACCUUCCUUCCUUCUUAUUCUUCUCACUUUUCCUCGUGGUACUUUCUGCUCCGCCUCUACAACUUCAAAAACAAACAAAACAAAAAAGAUAGGUACAAAAUCGAGAAUACAAACACGUCCAUUUACACAAAUCGAAUCAAUUCGGCAAAAUCUUUUUUUUUUCUCACAAGAUAUUCUUUACUUUUGAUACGACUCUUAGUCUUUUGUAGUUCUUUUUGAGUUCUAAUAUUUAGUUAGUUUUUUUUGUAUUCAUUCAGUGCUCCAUGUUUUUAUAUUGUGACUUUACACAGCUGCAUCUCAAUAAUUGAUACGAAAGUAAACUUUUUGUUGAUGUGAGUCGUUGCUAAUGAGAAACUCAUUUUAUAUGAAUUCACUACACACAGAACGAUACAUUUCAAUUGUUUGUUUCUGUUAGUUUUCGAUGAUUAAGGCUUACAACUUAUGCGAAAACCAAAUUUACCCUCCAUCUAAUGAGCAAGCCACAAAAUGGCACUGCUGAAGAAGUCUGCUGUUCAGAAAUUUGUGUCCAAGGGAAGGUUGAGCGGAAGGAAAAAGUGCAGUAGUAAAAAGGUCCACAAGCAAAAAGUAAAAGUGGUACCUUGGUGAUAAUCCUCUUAUUACAGUUUUAAAUAAUAUUUUAAUGUCGUGUGAAAUUAAUUUGGGGUUUUCAGCAACUACAGGCAACAAUCAUCCAAACUGACAUAAAUAAACAUUUGAAACAUAUCAACUCAAUGUUAAAAACUCAUAUCCGGCAUAUUUUUUUUCCUCAAGCUGAUCUGCUGAAAUGAACUUUUGGAUGAUACUGGAAUAUAUUGAGAUGCACCUGUAACUACUCAUGUGUGGAUGCCAGUAAUCAGUGUUAGCCUGAACACCUCACUUCCUGAUUAGCCAGGUGCUUUUGGAGAAAAACAAAUGAUCCUUAAAAGUGCUUUUUUUUUUUGCUUUUUUUUUUUUUUUAAAUCUGUCCAAACAGAAGGCUUUGAUUAUCAAAUCCACUUUCCCUCAGCUGCCUGACAGGGAAAACAAAUCCUGGUGUGAUCUGUGAAAAAGUGGCAGGCAAGUCGAAGGCAUCAAGCUUUGAUUAUCCUCAUGAUUUAUUGCACGAUUUUGAAGCUCAGCUUUCUCUCUCUCUCUCUCUCUCUCUCUCUCAAAAUCAAAGAGGAAGCCCUUUAAUUUAAAACUUUCAAACUGUUUGUCGCACGUUAGUUUCAGGUACAAGCUGUGUGAAGCUGAAUGUUUAAAAUGAGACGUUUUCUACAUGACUUAAGAGGGAUUGCACAGUCU